CGAAGGCCCGCCCCCUCCUCCCUUUCCACUUCUCUGCCCCCCCUUCUCCCUCCCCCACCCCACCCCCACUCAAGUCCUGCGGACCUGGGGGCUUCGGGAUCUGGGCGCUAUGAAAAGUGUCUGCUCAGUCACUUCCGGUUUUUCUUCCCCCAAUCCCUCAGCUGCUGCUGCUGCUGCUCAGGAGGUCAGAUCUGCCACUGAUGGUAAUACCAGCACCACUCCGCCCACCUCUGCCAAGAAGAGAAAGUUAAACAGCAGCAGCAGCAGUAGCGGCAGUAACAGUAGUAACGAGAGAGAAGACUUUGAUUCCACCUCUCCCUCCUCUUCCACUCCUUUACAACCCAGGGAUUCGGCAUCCCCUUCAACCUCGUCCUUCUCCUGCCUGGGGGUUUCAGUGGCUGCUCCCAGCCACGUACCGAUACAGAAGAAGCUGCGUUUUGAAGACACCCUGGAGUUUGUAGGGUUUGAUGCGAAGAUGGCUGAGGAAUCCUCCUCCUCCUCCUCCUCAUCUUCACCAACUGCUGCAACAUCUCAGCAGCAGCAACUUAAAAAUAAGAGUAUAUUAAUCUCUUCUGUGGCUUCGGUGCAUCACGCAAACGGCCUAGCCAAAUCUUCUACCACCGUCUCUAGCUUUGCUAACAGCAAGCCUGGCUCUGCUAAGAAGUUAGUGAUCAAGAACUUUAAAGAUAAGCCUAAAUUACCAGAAAACUACACAGAUGAAACAUGGCAGAAACUGAAAGAAGCAGUGGAAGCUAUCCAGAAUAGUACUUCGAUUAAGUACAAUUUAGAAGAACUCUAUCAGGCUGUGGAAAAUCUCUGUUCUUACAAGAUUUCUGCAAACUUGUACAAACAGCUGAGACAGAUUUGUGAAGAUCAUAUCAAAGCACAAAUUCAUCAGUUCAGAGAGGAUUCAUUGGAUAGUGUUCUUUUUCUAAAGAAGAUCGAUAGAUGUUGGCAAAACCAUUGCAGACAAAUGAUCAUGAUCAGGAGCAUUUUUUUGUUUCUGGAUAGGACUUACGUUCUUCAAAAUUCAAUGCUACCCUCCAUUUGGGAUAUGGGACUGGAGUUAUUUAGGGCUCAUAUUAUAAGUGAUCAGAAAGUCCAGAAUAAGACAAUUGAUGGCAUUCUUCUUUUGAUUGAGAGGGAAAGGAAUGGUGAAGCAAUUGAUAGAAGUUUACUCCGAAGCCUUUUAAGCAUGCUCUCUGAUUUGCAAAUUUAUCAGGAUUCUUUUGAACAACGAUUUUUGGAAGAAACUAACCGACUCUACGCAGCCGAAGGCCAAAAAUUAAUGCAGGAAAGAGAGGUUCCUGAAUAUCUUCAUCAUGUUAACAAACGUCUAGAAGAAGAAGCAGACAGACUUAUUACUUACUUAGAUCAGACCACCCAAAAGUCAUUAAUUGCUACUGUGGAAAAACAACUUCUAGGUGAACACUUAACAGCGAUUCUUCAGAAAGGUUUGAAUAACCUCCUUGAUGAAAACCGAAUUCAAGAUUUAUCUCUCCUGUAUCAGCUCUUCAGUAGAGUUCGAGGUGGCGUUCAGGUUCUCUUGCAGCAAUGGAUUGAAUACAUUAAGGCAUUUGGUAGCACUAUUGUAAUUAAUCCUGAAAAGGAUAAAACCAUGGUUCAAGAAUUGCUGGAUUUUAAAGAUAAGGUUGACCAUAUAAUUGAUAUCUGUUUCCUGAAGAAUGAAAAAUUUAUCAACGCCAUGAAAGAAGCAUUUGAAACAUUCAUUAACAAAAGACCAAACAAACCUGCUGAACUUAUAGCUAAGUAUGUAGAUUCAAAGCUUCGCGCAGGCAACAAAGAAGCUACAGAUGAAGAACUUGAGAAAAUGUUGGAUAAGAUUAUGAUUAUAUUUAGAUUUAUCUAUGGCAAGGAUGUUUUUGAGGCCUUCUAUAAGAAAGAUUUAGCCAAGCGCCUGUUAGUUGGGAAGAGUGCAUCUGUGGAUGCUGAAAAAUCAAUGCUGUCCAAACUUAAACAUGAAUGUGGAGCUGCUUUCACCAGUAAACUUGAAGGAAUGUUUAAAGACAUGGAACUUUCUAAAGACAUCAUGAUUCAGUUCAAACAGUAUAUGCAGAACCAGAAUGUACCUGGGAAUAUUGAAUUAACUGUGAAUAUCCUGACGAUGGGUUAUUGGCCAACAUAUGUGCCUAUGGAAGUUCAUUUACCACCAGAGAUGGUAAAACUUCAGGAGAUUUUCAAGACCUUUUACCUAGGCAAACAUAGUGGCAGGAAACUUCAGUGGCAGUCAACCCUAGGACACUGUGUGCUAAAAGCAGAAUUUAAAGAGGGUAAAAAGGAACUCCAGGUCUCUCUUUUUCAAACACUGGUGCUGCUAAUGUUUAAUGAGGGAGAGGAGUUCAGUUUAGAAGAGAUCAAGCAAGCUACCGGAAUAGAGGAUGGAGAGUUAAGAAGAACACUGCAGUCAUUGGCUUGUGGCAAAGCUAGAGUUCUGGCGAAAAAUCCAAAGGGUAAAGAUAUCGAAGAUGGUGACAAGUUCAUUUGUAAUGAUGAUUUCAAGCACAAACUUUUCAGGAUAAAGAUCAAUCAAAUUCAGAUGAAAGAAACGGUUGAGGAACAAGCAAGCACCACAGAAAGAGUAUUUCAAGACAGACAGUAUCAAAUUGAUGCUGCAAUUGUUCGAAUUAUGAAGAUGAGAAAGACACUUAGCCACAAUCUUCUUGUUUCAGAAGUGUACAACCAGUUGAAAUUUCCAGUAAAGCCUGCUGAUCUUAAGAAGAGAAUAGAAUCUUUAAUUGACCGGGACUACAUGGAAAGAGAUAAAGAAAAUCCAAACCAGUACAAUUAUAUUGCAUAAAAUGUUAGCCUUGGAGCAUUUGGUGUCAUAAGCAGUAGCCAGUGGAUAAACUAACCUGUUAUUAUUUGACUUAUUUUAUACUACCAAUGACCAAAUGAAGCAGUGUAAUGGAAAUAGUUGAGUGACUUUUCAGUGGUUAACAUGCCCAUUUAAAGAGUAAUACUUACCUUUAAGAAGAAUGUUGUUGAACUCUUUGCAUGUUAUUUAGUAUGAUGUGCAGAAAACUCUUAAGAAAGUACCUGGUCUUCAUGAUUCCUAUUUGGAACUGGGGAAGAGGUCCCUAUGGCUAUUAAAAAAAGAGGAGGGGGGUUCUUAUACACCAUUAAUUAUGAAGCAAAAGGUUUAUUUGCUUAAAAUGUCAUUUAAAGAUACUUAAACUGCAUGCAAACUUUAUUUACUGUACAGAGUUCUGGAUGUAUUUAUCAAAUAGAAAAACCACCCUGGACUUGGUUGUUCACCUGUUUUGUGAUUUCCCUUGAAGAGAAAAAUGAGUUGUCAUAGCUAUUGAUAUUUUACUAAGUAAUGUUCUGUUACACUGAAAGGGAUGUUUUUAAAAAUUUUAUUUGGAAACAAGUUUUCAAGCAGAGGGACAGUUGCUUACAUAGUCUUGUAUACACACAUCCUAAAAUGUUCCCAUGGGAUGUGUGUAUAUGGUUCAGCCCUGAGUUUACUGUGCUGAUUAACAGGUACUUAUAAAAAUAGCUGAAAUAGAAAAUUGCUGGUCAGUUGUACUAGAAGAACAUGGUAGGAGAGAAAAAUCCAACUCUUUCUUCAUAUUAAAAAUGAAUAUAAUAUGAACAUCGCAAAAGAGACCAAAACCCACGUGUUUUGUAACUUUUUACAAGAGCAAAAAUUCAUAAACUAGUUUUCAACUUCCUUUAGACUUUAAUGUUGUUUGGACAGUUUUGUCUUUAACUUGGACCAAUUGUAGAUUGUUACAGGCUUCCUGGGACUUAGCAUUCCUAUUUUCUCUACCAAAGUUUUUUUUUUUUUAACAUCUUUAUUGGAGUAUAAUUGCUUUACAAUGGUGUGUUAGUUUCUGCUUUAUAACAAAGUGAAUCAGUUAUACACAUACAUAUGUUCCCAUAUCUCUUCCCUCUUGCGUCUCCCUCCCUCCCACCCUCCCUAUCCCACCCCUCUAGGUGGUCACAAAGCACCGAGCUGAUCUCCCUGUGCUAUGCGGCUGCUUCCCACUAGCUAUCUAUUUUACAUUUGGUGGUGUAUAUAUGUCCAUACCACUCUCUCACCCUGUCACAUCUUACCCCUCCCCCUCCCCAUAUCCUCAAGUCCAUUCUCUAGUAGGUCUGUGUCUUUAUUCCCGUCUUGCCACUAGGUUCUUCAUGACCUUUUUAUUUUUUCUUAGAUUCCAUAUAUAUGUGUUAGCAUGCUGUAUUUGUUUUUCUCUUUCUGACUUACUUCACUCUGUAUGACAGACUCUAACUCCAUCCACCUCACUACAAAUACCUCCAAAGGUUUUUUUUUGGAAGCACCUCAACUCUCCUUUUUGUUGGCAUAUAAGCAUUUCCUAUCAUCCUUAUUUUAACUUCCUAAAGCCCUAGAUAGAACUAGAUCCUUCCUCAUUUCCCCCAUACACCCCCUAGUUGGGAAUUUCAAAUUCUGUAUUAUGCUGAUCUUAUUCCUUUCAAAAUUGCUUGAAGAUAAAGAGUUCUCAUAGCCACUGGACACCUACUUUUCAGGGGAAUGUCCUAGGAUUGUUCAUACAUAGAAAAUAGCAAAAGUAUUGUUCUUCAAAUUGAUAAUGUGAGUAAAAGUCUUCUCUUUUACCAUCAGUGGUCUUUUGUUUUUGGGUUUGGGGUUCUGUUUUGCUUCCUUGUUUGUUUUUCCUUGAAGCUUUGAAGGGAAUUGAUCUUGGAGGAAAAGCAGAAAUUUUGUUUUGAUUUUUAAAAAAAUCAGAACUGCUUUAAUGCUUUUUUGCAACAGUGUAUUUCCUUGACUAUUUGGAACCAUUAAGAAGAAUACCUAGGUCCUAACCCUCAACUGAGACUUUUGGCUCUUGUGUUUGCUAUUGAUUGUUUUCUUGAGUUCUCAAAGAACUGUGACCAGCUAUUUUUUUAAAAAAGUUGCCUGUUUUCUUGAUAAUUGCAUCAAACUUAACAUACUGUUGUCCAACAGUAUGUGGUAUUUAGAAUGCCUUCCUAACUAUUUUUGAGCAGCCAUUGCCUGUAUUUUCUUAGAGCCUCCCUGGUUUCCUUAACUGAGCUUAUCUGACAAGGAAAUGCAGCUAUUUUGUUUGCCCUCUUUCCAUACUGGACCAUCUAAGUCAGUGUUCUAACUCAUCCCUGAUGGUCUGUGAGAUACGUAGACUGUUCCACCAGACUCGAUAAUUACUCUUAAUGAAUUUUUAGGUAGAAUUGGUACCAUUAGGAGACUCUUGGUGUUACUUUUGUUAUCUUGAAAGCUGGUCCCUUCCCUGAGGCUCUUAAUUUUUUGAAAACUUGAUGCUAUUUCAGCUGAAAAAAUUGGUGAGACUAUUAAACAAAUUGAGGGGAGCUGUUUAAGAAAUUGAGAAGUAAUCGCAAACAACAUUGGAUAAUUGUGACUUUCAAUUCUGUAUCAGUUGAAUUUUUGUGCUCUUUUCCCUGUGUACGUGGUGGUUCUAUUUUUCUCCAAUAAAACUUUUAUUUAAAAAAA